AUGCGUUUUCUUCCCACAGCCUUGGGCAUGGUUCUCUAUGCUGCUGCCAUUGCAGCAGAAGACAAUUCAAAUUACAACGCUUCCCUCAACUACCGACCAGGUAACGUGAGUGCGAGUCUAAAUGAUCUGUACCUUUGGGUUGGAUCGUAUUACAAUGCCACUGCACAAGUCGACUUCAUACCGUAUGGCGGAGUGGCAGCUUCUAUUACGAGUCAAUGUCCAGCAGCGUUCAGCAACCAAACCGGCACCAGAAACUACACCGCACGACUAGGGCUCACAGAGCCAAGUCUGUACAACUCGGCUAAUGACCCAGUCAAUGCCUUUCUGACGCUCUGGCCCCUUGAUUUCAACUUCUCAACGUUGCUGUCAGGCCAGAUAAUUAUAUUCAUGCCUGGCUUGGAGUAUGCACUCUUUUCCUCAACCCCUCUCUAUGGUACUGACGAUCCUUCAAAUAACUGGAUCUGGUCCCUUGAAAACACCACAAGCCCACCGUACACUCUGUCCAGCACCAUAUCAAGCGGCUAUGUGGGCUGGAAUGGUUUCACUGUCCGUACCGCAACUUCAUGCGCUGGCAGCUCCGAAUGGUCGUUCGUCAUGGACAAGGGGUAUUUUAAUGGCACUAAUCUCCCGAGCCCAAACAUAGAUCUACAGUUUGACGGCUCCACUGCAAACUUGACUUUGCAGGGAUACGCUGAGGCUGAUCCUAUCUAUGAGACGGGUUCCACCUCGACCACGGGGGACACAACAAUCGCUGGGGAAUUCAGACUGACCUUUUCAGGUGUCAUCGAUACGUAUCAUUCAGACAUUCUUAGAAAUGAUACUAGUACACCAGGAUGGCUGCGUACCGUUGGUUUCAAUAACAAUUCGGCGAACUUCGGAUACACCACAAGUGAGUCGACGAGAAGUAAGCUCAUGGGACCUCUGUCGUUGACUGCUAUUGUAUCUGCGGUGUGGCUGAUGAUUUUAUAA